GGGCAAUUUGUUUCGUCUUCAUAUUUGCGUUUCAGUCUGUUCAUCCCAUAUCGUCCUUUUAAUCUCUAGAGUAAUACCUAAUACACAUAGCUUCAAAAUGGGAAUGUUUAUCAGUAAAGCUAUGGAUGAAAACAUGAAAAAGCAACAGGAAUUCAUGAUGCAAAAUCAAAUAGUAAUGCUUGAGCGACAAAUUCAAAUGCAGAAUCAAAUGAGAGAGAGACAAAUGGCUAUGCAGAUUGCAAGGAGUAGGGAUAUGAUUUUAUGGUAUGGUUCGUUUUAUGUUUUUGCUGCCUUGGGAUCCAUAGCAGGAUACCGCAAGAAGGGUAACCCUGCAUUUAUAGCUCCUUUAAUACCAUUGACUUUAUUAUUAGCCUAUCAAUAUGAUAUGGCACAUGGCAGUAAAAUGAUCAGAAUUAGAGCUGAAGCUGACCGAGUCUUAGAUCUAGAGUCUGAAGUAAUAGAAAUGCCUCAUGGCUUGCCAACCUUUUCUCAAAUUGAAGCUGGUAGAUUAAAACAGAAAACUGAAGAAAGACUAGGUCAAUCUCAUGAUAUUUUCUUAUAAUCAAAAGAUAAUUUUUGAAAUGUUCGUCAUAUUUAAGGUAAUAUCGAAAAAUUUGCAAUCUGGAAUUAUUGCAAUUUAAAAGCAUUUGAUUCUAAGAAAAAUCAUCAGUUUUGGCAAACCUUCAUGACCUUUGAAGAAAUUAGUUGACAUCACUAGUAAUUUGGUUUUUGGUCCUUCAUGAAAAUUAAAUGAAUUGAAGUGCAAUUAUAUUUCUAAAGCUU